AUGCUCAGAUCGAAAACGUUUAAUCAGCAUAUUAACGAUGCUCUAGCGGGUACUAAGGCAUUUCUCCUUUCACAUUAUAGCAUCAUGGAAGAACACAAAUUCACAACGUUUUUCGAGCCUUUCAGGAUCAAAUCCAUAGAGAAACUAAAAACAACAACACGAGACGAACGAAUGAAGUAUCUAAAACAGGCUAAUUACAACUUGUAUCUCUUGGACUCGGACAACAUCUUGAUUGACCUGCUAACAGACUCGGGGACUGGAGCGAUGAGUUCGGAACAGUGGGCUGCGGUUAUGAUUGGAGAUGAGUCGUAUGCCGGCUCUCCGAGUUACCGGAAGUUUGAAGCUGUGGUCGAGGAGAUCUUUGGAUACCGUCACGUGAUCCCUACGCACCAAGGGCGCGCGGCAGAGCGCAUUCUUUUCAGGUGCGCGGUGAAAGAAGACAAUGUCGUUCCAAACAACGCACAUUUUGCGACAACCAUGGCGAACAUCGAAGCUCAAGGUGCAAAGGCGAUUAAUUUUUUGACUCCUGAGGCUAUGGAACCCAGUAGAGAUGUGCCAUUUAAAGGAAAUAUGAACAUCGAAAAGCUGAAACAGACAAUCGCAAAGUGUCGAGAUAAAAUUCCUCUUGUUAUGAUAACCAUUACAAAUAAUAUGGUGGGCGGUGAGCCAGUCAGCAUGGAGAAUAUAAAGGCGGUGUCUAAAAUUUGUCGCGCAUACGGUAUUCCGUUGUUUUUUGAUGCCUGCCGCUUCGCUGAAAAUGCUUGGUUCAUAAAGAUCAAAGAAGAGGGUUAUGCGAACCGCACACCGAAAGAAAUCGCGCGAGAGAUUUUCUCUUACGGCGAUGGCUGCACUAUGUCGGCGAAGAAGGAUGGCCUGGCCAACAUCGGUGGAUUCUUGGCAGUCAAUGACGAAGAGCUUGCUGCAAAAUGCCGCAAGGAGCUGCUGAUAACCGAAGGUUUCACCACUUAUGGGGGCUUAGCAGGACGCGACUUGGAAGCGAUUGCAGUAGGUUUGAAUGAAGUGGUUGAAGAAGAUUACCUGCGCUACCAAAUCGGAUAUGUUAAGUUCCUGGCGGAUUUACUCGUCCAGAACCACGUGCCUAUUGUGACCCCACCCGGUGGUCAUGCGGUGUACAUCGAUGCAGGCGCAAUGCUUCCGCACAUUCCCCGUGAACAGUUCCCCGCGUGGGCUCUUGGCUGCGCACUUUACGUGGAAGGAGGUAUCCGCGGGGCGGAAGUUGGUGCGGUGAUGUUAGGAAGUCACGAGAAGCAGGAAACGGAAAAUUCGGAAAAUGGAAAUGGCGUUGAUGAAGGCGCCUUUGGAGACGAUCAUGAACACGAAGAAUUGUUUCGCCUGGCUAUUCCCCGCCGUACAUACACUGAGUCUCAUUUAAGGUAAAGGCUUAUACUUUUAUAGCCUGCGAGCAAGGUCUCUAAUAACCGCGAGCAAAGCGAGCCAAGAGAGAACGCGCGAGCGAGCGGCGACGCCGCCAAAGGCGGAGGAAAAAGAUGCGUGGUGUGAUUUCUCUUUCCCCGCCCCUCUCACUGGCUUUCCUUGCGCAUGCGCCUCUCGAGUAACUUCUGGCAACUCUUUCAAAUGGAGAGCUCGCUCACAGGCUCAUACAGUAAUGGUUUAAAAAAGUUUGCUGGUGUAAUCAUAUACUCAGUACUUACUGACGUACUAAAUUAACUACUAUAACAAUUCAUUAAAAUAAGGAGUCACUCUUUAAGAUGAAAAACAUAAAAAAAUUAACAAUUAGUUCAUGCGUCAGCGUGCGUAUGUCGAGAUAUUGAGCACGCGGGAGGUUUGGAGAGCACGAAAGAGGCGUAAGAGUUGCACGAGGCGCAGCCGAGUGCAACUCUAGACUCUUGAGUGCUCUCCAAACUUCCCAAGUGCUCAAUAUCUCGACAUACGCACAGCUGCAGCAUGAACUAAUUGUUUUAUAACAUUAUCAAAGCGAUCAAUGCAGCAGUUAACUUAAAAUUUUAUUAUUGUAGGGCGCGCUCAAAGCAGUACGCGUCAAUGUUUACGUGACUAUAUUUUUUUUUCCUCACAGUUAAUCUUAUGUUUUUAUCCUGAAACUGAGAGAAAGUGUACUCUAAAAUGAUUGUAAAAUCCAUAUUUAGGUGCCGGAAAACUAUUAAUUUACCGAAAAAUUGUUAUUGAUAGAAAACAACUUUGCAAAGAAAGAUCUCAAGCGAUAGCCCGCACAGCUCGCCGAGAUGACAACAACAACAACAACACUCACCUCUUUUCCUUACUAUCGAUUAACAAAUUCAAACGUUUCCUCUUAAAUUUCCUUAUCAAACACAUGGUAAACGCUUCAUUGUCUAUUGCUGAGUUAUGGAUGCACUCAGAAGACUCAGGAUUGCUAAGCUCACAACAACUCGAGGAAUUACGAAUAGUUUAUUGACGUCAUCAGCGUGCUCAAUAGGAAUAUGAAGCACGCUCGCGCUAUUGAAUUUGAUUAGGCGAAUUUUCUAGCUAUGUUAUAAAGAAAAUUAAAGAUUAAAAAUUUAACAAGUAUAUCUAUUUACAUCGACCGAGUUUUUUUAAUGAUUACGACUAGCUUUCCAGCUAUUUGCGGGGAAAGCUAUUUAUACUUGCAUGCACUAUAGCUAGUGCAUGCAAGAAUACAAUUGUAGUUGUUGUUGUUGUUUUUGUUUACUUUUUUUAUUCUAGGCGUAAUAGUUUGCCAGGAAUGUUUACCAGUAAAGUCAAAAUUAAAGCUUAUACACCUUAUUCCAACUGAAAUGCUGAUAAUUGACCCUCGAUGUCUUGUUCCGAAGUAAAAGUUUCGUUCCCAGGGUCUCCUUGGGAACGAGGUAAAAUCUUCCCCAGGGCUUUUCCCCUUAGUCGGGAACAAGGUUUUGAGGAUAGAGCGAAUGAGAGCUGUACCAAAACCUAAAACGCGCAUUAAGGGGCAUUUUUUGUGUUGACUAGACCUAUGAUUUCUUGACAUUUACUGCUACUGCUGUUGUGCUUGUACAAGUUUCUUUUCUAAUUGCUCUAUUAACAUUUAACAUUUCCUAGAUGUUGAUAGACUUUUAACUACAUUCCGCGUACAUCUUUCCUACAGGUAUGUCGCUGAAGUCUGUGCGCAUGUGUACAAGAACCGUGCAAAGGUUUGUGGUUACCAAAUCACGUGGGAGCCACCUAUGUUACGUCACUUCACUGCCCACCUGGAGCCUCUUCCUCUCCCAUUUAAAGCACCCGAAGAAUCCACUCAAGUUAGCAAUCGACCAACCAGAAAAGUGUCCACGGGUCAGGGAUUAAGGCGAAGAAAGAAUUCCUUGAUGCAAUUUAGUUGAGGUCAAAACGAAGCCGAAUCAACCGAGCCUUGAAAGAUUUUUCCAUUCUCUAUUACCAAUAUUUUUGUGUGUGAGUAGUAACACAAUGGUAUCGAUAUUCUUUUACAACCUGUAACAUGCAUAAAGAACUUACAAAGAGAAUGAGCGUAGGCUUUCUUGACACACGAUUUUAAUUCGGUAUUUUUUCGAUGGAC